AGUGGGUUGAGGACCUUUCACUUUUGAUAGUUGACGGCUGCCGAUACCAGGCGCUCUAUCUCGGCGACGGGCAGUGCUGUCAGUGUAACUCCGACCACCGGUGCAACAUGACACCGAGACAGCUCAAGAAAAGAGUUUUAGGUCCUAUGCCAUUUCCGGUUUUAAGAGUGGACUACGCCUGAACGUUUGGAAUUUUAUCUCUGUUCAUUCAGCGUUGAUGGUGGGGGCGGUCCUAGGUGGAGUGAUAUUCGCUGCAGCGUUUGCUGCUUACUUUGCUUUUGGUGGUUCGAGCUAUGAAGACUCUACAUCACCACGAACCCUGUCACCCCCUGAGGCCAAAGUUACCGAGGGCACACUGCGUGGAAAAUGGGCCAACAUUCCCGACUACUCCGUCCAAUACGCAGCUUUCCGAGGGAUCCCGUACGCCCAGCCACCGGUUGGAAUGUUGCGGUUCAAGGCUCCUCUCCCACCUGCAAUGUGGUCCGGUGUGCGGGAUGCAACUAAGGAAGGCUCGGCGUGCAUGCAGGUCAGCGAUUUCGCCGAGAUAAUUGGGUCAGAGGACUGCUUGUAUCUGAACGUGUACUCUCGUGGGCGACCGAACGGUGUGCUGCUUCCCGUGUACGUCUUCAUUCACGGAGACGUUAAUCGGUCCGGCUCAGGCACCGACUUCGGCCCGGAGUUGUUUAUGCGCCGUCCAAUAGUGGUAGUCACAAUCAACUAUCGUCUGAACGCAUUCGGCUUUCUCAACCUGGACAACGACGUCGUCCCCGGGAACGCCGGUAUCAAGGACCAGAUCGCUGCGCUAAGGUGGAUUCAUGCCAAUAUUGACAAGUUCGGCGGAGAUCCAAGUGCCAUCACGAUCGGGGGGCAGUCAACCGGCGCUGCCUCGGCACACUGGCUGACUCUCUUGCCUGAAUCGAGAGGCCUCGUGAAAAGAGCCAUUUUGGAGAGCGGGUCGGCACUCCACAGCUGGGCGUACCACGAGGACAACAUUGCUGUGGCGCUGCAACUGGGAUCCAACCUGUCGAAACACAAGGACGUUAGUCUAGAAGAGGUGGCUCGCCUGGUCAUGGAGCGGCCCGCAGCAGAGAUAUUGUCUGCCACCGACUCGAUUGAGUUAAACGGCAUACAGCUUCCUUUUUCUGCCUCUCCGGAGAGGAGGGCUCCACAAGAGGGAGGCCAGGUGCCACUAAUCACCCAGGACCCAGAGAAGUACAUCUUAACAGACAGAAGUCCAGUUCCUAUUCUUCUAGGCAUGAACUCGCGGGAGUGGCUCUUCAACUUUCAGUACCUCGGAUACGCUCGAUCCCCGCAGUUAAUACGCAACAAAAUAAACAACCUGGUCUCCAUCUUCCCGAAGAGCGUCAUGCCAGGCAGCGACACGGCUGCGUACCUCAAUCUGACCAGCACACACAGCCUGGAGCACGCGCUAGACCUUGUGCACCAACACUUCUUCAAAGAUAACGGCGCUGACCCCAACAAAACAUCCUCUGUUUUCCAAUCGUUCCUCGACGACGUCUACGUUGGCACCGACGUCAACCGCCUGGCCGAGCUGAGGGUCCGCGUGGGCCAGGGCCGCACGCAGACCUACGUGUACCGUUUCGGCGUCUGUGCCAAGUACAAUACAUCGCCCUUCCAGAACCCUGGGCAGGUCGCAGAGGGCGCAUCUAACGGUGACGAGCUUCAAUACCUUUGGUACCGAGGCAAUCAAAAGUUCGAGGGUGACGGCCUAGCAUCGACCACCCUAAAUUACAUGGUCGAAACCUGGUCCUUUUACGUCGGGAGCGGAAUUCCCCAGCCAUUCACAAAGUGGGUGCCAAACGAAUUUCGCAGCAAACCAGGUGACGUCAUCUACAUGAACAUUGGCGAAAAUGUGGAUGUGAAAGAAGAUCCGAUUGCUGGUCAGAACGCGCCGUUCUGGCUCGACUUGUGCCAACAGUACAGGGACAACAGCAGCACUUAAGCAUGGAGUUGGUUGACCGAGCAGCGGCCAGGGCCUCUUUAAGGGUUUCAUGUGGCGACAAACUCCAGGGAAUCAAGCGCUAAUCAAAAUUAAAACUCAUGGUUGUCCGCGGGCGUGGAAUCUACACGGUUAAAAAAUUCAGAUUGAAAUCUCAGAUUUUGGGAAUGUAAUUCAUGUUUUCCUGUUGAAUAUAUUGAAAAUUAAAUACUUAUUGCUGUACA